UUCUUUUCCAACAUGUGUCAUAACCAGGAAAAAAAAGCAUGAACCCCCCAUUGGUUUAGCUUCUCUAUAAGUAUGUCCUGUAAUCAACAGCUGUUUGCGUGCACCGAUCAGACUUGAGUAUGGUCACUUCUUCAGUUCUUCCUAAGGUGGUUGAUGAUGCCGGCGAGGGCGAGGCCAACCCUCGCCGGGCGAAAUGGUGGUACGCGACGUUCCACAGCGUCACCGCCAUGGUCGGCGCCGGCGUGCUCAGCUUGCCGUACGCCAUGGCUCACCUAGGAUGGGGGCCGGGGACGGCGGCGCUGGUGGUGUCGUGGGGGAUGACGCUGUACACGCUGCGGCUGCUGAUCGAGCUGCACGAGUGCGUGCCCGGGGUGCGGUUCGACCGGUACCGCGACCUCGGCGCGCACGCGCUGGGCCCGCGCCUGGGGCCCUGGCUCGUCGUGCCGCAGCAGCUCAUCGUGCAGCUCGGCUGCGACGUGGUGUACAUGGUCAUCGGCGGGAAAUGCCUCAUGAAGUUCGCCGAGUCGGUGUCGUCGUGGUCGCGCGCGCCGCAGCUGCACCACCAGUCCUACUGGAUCUGCAUCUUCGGCGCCUCCCAGUUCCUCCUCUCCCAGCUCCCCAGCCUCGACUCCAUCACCGCCGUCUCCCUCGCCGCCGCCGCCAUGUCCGUCGGCUACUCGACGAUAUCAUGGGCGGCGUGCUUGGCGAGGGGUACUCCCGCGGCGGCGGAGGGCGGCGGUGGGGGGGUGAGCUACGCGUACAAGGACGGGACGGCGGCGGACUCGGUGUUCCGGGUGUGCAGCGCGCUGGGGCAGGUGGCAUUCGCGUACGCCGGGCACGGGGUGGUGCUGGAGAUCCAGGCGACGAUCCCGUCCACGCCGACGAAGCCGUCGAGGGGGGCCAUGUGGAAGGGCGCCGUGGCGGCGUACCUGGUCACCGCGCUCUGCUACUUCCCCGUCGCGAUCGCGGGCUACUGGGCGUUCGGCCGCGACGUCUCCGACAACGUGCUCGUCGCGCUGCGCCGGCCGCCGUGGCUCGUCGCCGCCGCCAACAUGAUGGUCGUCGUCCACGUCCUCGGCAGCUACCAGGUGUACGCCAUGCCCAUCUUCGAGACCCUCGAGACGAUUCUGAUCACCAGGAUCAGGCUCCCUCCCGGGGCGCUCCUCCGCCUCGUCGCCCGAUCAGCCUACGUCGCGUUCACGCUGUUCGUCGCGGUGACGUUCCCGUUCUUCGGCGACCUGCUCGGCUUCUUCGGCGGCUUCGGGUUCACGCCGACGUCCUACUUCCUCCCCUGUAUUCUGUGGCUGAAGAUCAAGAAGCCUCCGAGGUUCAGCGCGUCGUGGUUUGCCAACUGGGGUUGCAUCGUCGUUGGAGUGCUGUUGAUGAUCGCUUCCACCAUCGGCGGGCUACGAAGCAUCAUCCAGGAUGCCUCGACGUUCCAGUUCUACUCGUGAUGGGUGAUGAUGCAUACGUACUGACUUAGUACAUACAGAACGUCAGGAUCAACUGUAACCAGGCCAAGAAAUUAGAGGUAUCAAGAGUAGUUGCAAACGAUGGCCAUAUUAUUCUGUGACUUUCAUUGAUCGUUGGCCUCGCUUGCAGCGUGCCGGCCAGCGGUCCUUGCGAAAUGUGUAACUGAAGACGAAUUACAGUAGUGAUUCAGUGAUGCGCAUCGACCCUGUCUGUGCACCAGAUGUAAUAGACCUUGCUGACACACGGUUUCGCAAUCCUCAUGCUGAAUAACAUCGAUGGCGAUUGCAGGGAGAAAAAUAUAUAUAAACAUCUAGUAAUACAAGUUUACUAUCGCAGUGAUUGCGAAUCUUCUAUUC